ACACACAACAGAAUUCUAGGAAAAACAUUCGGGAUUUCAUCAUGCCAAAACUUCUAGCCUCACCCAUCUGAAGAUCAAAGCUCCAGGUAAAUCCGAUCUAGAAAACAGAAAAAGUGAUCUUAAAAAGUAAGAAGGAUUAGAAAAUUAUUGCUAAAAAUGUCAGAUAGCAGUGAAGAAUUGUCCUCCAGUGAAGAAGAAGAAGAGGAACAUCGAUUUUCAAAAUCAUGGGAUGGUUCAGAUGUGAUUUGUAUUGCACAAGAUCAACAAUUCCAUGUUCAUUCGUACAUCCUUUGUUUUGCUUCCCCUGUUUUUAAGGAGUAUUUUAAGGACAACGAAGUAAAAUAUUAUGAUUUUGAAAACAAAAACAAGUCAUCAGUGUUGACUUUACUAAAUCUCAUGUAUCCAAAUGAUUACAAAAUAGCAGAUUUAGAUUUUAAUUCUUGCAAAGAAGUGUUGGAAAUUGCGAGAGAGUACAAAAUGAAACGGUUGAUUCCACGUGUUGAUAGAUAUGUUAGCAAAAAGAAGUGUGGAUUUAAAUGGUUGGAACUGGCGGAAGAGUUUCAACUGGAAAGAACAAAGAAGAAAAAUAUCAAAUUCUUUAUUAGAGAGGAUGAGAAACGCAAGUUUACAGAAAGUUGGAAUAAUAUUUCCGAUGAAACAAAACUGAAUAUAUUGCUAAGUAAAAUAAGUAACUUAGAUGUUGAUGAAAAAUGUUGUAAAUGUAAAAAGAAGUACAAGAUUAAGUGCGAGUGUAAAAAAAAAAAAGGGUUACCUUUGGACGAAAUAAUAGCAGUCAAAAACACUGCUAAGGCAUUUGAAUAAAUCUGCACGUUUUAUUUAUAUGCUUUUUUGUGCUCUUUCUUGUAACAGUUUCCCAUUAUGCAUUUCGUUGCUAAAUAAUGAAUUGUUUAUGUGUUGAUGGUAGCUCACAAUUGAAUUGAUAUGAAGGAGUAUAAUUCUUCUGUGUUUUGUGGACACAUGAUUAAAACCGGAUUUUCUGCAAUUUUUGGCACUUUUCCCAGCGGAUUAUAUAAAAACCGAAAUAUAAUUAUAUAUUUUUUACUUGAUUUUAACUUGAUUUUAGAAACUUCAAACAGAAAAAUUCGCUCUAGAACUUAAAGGGAACCCAAGGUGUAAAAUGAUGUUGGACUUAUAUUAUACAGGUUAAAAAGUUGAUUAGGAAGUCUUUUUAAAUUUUCUAAAAAGCUCUUUUUGUUCUAAAGAUAUUCACAUUUAAAGAAUUUCAGAUUUAAUUAUGCUGCAUACAUUAUGAUGUCAUAAUUUAAGUAAUAGUAAAUUUUGAUAUUUUUUGCCAUCAGUAAUUUUAGACCUGUUAAGGGAUGUGCAUUCAAACUUUAUCAAUGCAUAGAUAUUAUAAAGUUUGUUAUUGUUAUUUAUAAAACUUUCUAAGACCACUACAAAUGUAAUAGACAGUUUGUGUCAUUCAAAUUAAAAUGCCAACUGUUACAUAGUUACCGUGUUAUAAUAAGAUACAAAGCGUUCUGUAUUUUACAUGACAUGACAGGUGGAAAUAUAUCAACAGGGAAAGAAUUUUGUCAAUAGAUUAGAAGUACUCGGUCUUUCUAAUUCACGUCAGCAUACACCAAUUACCGACACAAAUUUAAAAUUUCUAACAUUAGUAUUUCUUUGCCAUUUUUUAAAAAUUUUUAUAAUAACAUUUUUUGCCACUAAACAUUUUUUCCCACUAAAAAUUUGUAUCACUUAAAAUUUUAUGACUUUUACUUUUUUCGCAUUUCUUUAGAGCUGGUUAUAAAAUCUGAGACAAAUAAAAAAUAGCAAAAAUCAUGUCAGCCUUUUGAUGUCAACACUUUAAUUUUAACUAGUCACUGUUUCAAAUUUCGUAGUCAUAGCGUUCGUCAUUACGUCAAUUCAAUAGGGAUGGUGAAAUUUUCAUGCCCCUAAAAACUAUACCUAGUUAAAAAUAGGAUAAAAAAGUUUAAAACAUAGAAAACUUUUGUAUUAGUUGGUAAAGUUUAUAUAUCUCGAUGCACUCUUUUUUCACUCUGAUUUUUUUCACUUUACCCCAAACAUUAUUUAGCUACUUGAAAUAAAGUGUCCGAAAAAAUUAUUUAGUCAUUGCCCGGGUAUAUAUAAAAUUUUUUUCAUUUUUCAAGUAUUUUUCUUUAUUAUAUAUAUUUUAAUAUAGAUAACAAAGAAAAAUACUUGAAAAGUGUAAAAAUACUCAUGCUUGUUUGUCAACUAAACGAGUUGUGUAAUCAAAAAACCCGAUUAUAAUCGCACCUAUAGUCAUACUCCAGUCCAACUGUAUUGUAUUACCUCAUGUUAGAGGCAGGCCAAGAUGUGCAAAGUAUUACUAUUGUGGAAAUAUUUGAAAAAAAUUGUUUAGUUUGGGAUUGAUAAUAAAAAAAGAGUGCAGUUGUUUUGUUGGUAUUUCGAAAAAAUCGGCAAAUAAUUCAUAGUUUAUUAUGUGUUUGUUUGUGAAAAAAUUCUUUUUUGUUUAUUGUUUAUUGUUUAACUAUUUUUAUUAUUACAAGAGUUUUUAUUUUUAUAUUUUGAAAUAUUUCGACGGAUUAGUUCCAUAGUGCUAGGGUAUUGUUAAAUUCAAUUACUAUACUAAGGGAAUAAAUUUUUACAAAUUUCACAAGUUUUUGUCAAUUUUACGAAAAUUGGUUUCUGCUAAAACAAGUGAGUAGAUCACAAUAAGUAAAAAUUAUAGGCAGCAAAUUCAGUGAUCUUUAGUUUUUAGAAGUAAUGAAGUUUUUACCAAUAAAUAUAAUCAGCUCCAACUACAGAUAUUCUUUUUGACCAUAAGGAAUAAGUGUAUAUAUUAUGUGUGUUAUAGCCUUCUUUAUGUCAACGAUACUUUACGACUUUAGUAUUUUGUAAUAUUCUUUUUGUUAUUAGUAAAGAUUUUUUUGGUUAUUUUACGAAAUAUUUUGGUAUUAUUCUUCUAUUUGUAUUAUUUUUUCUUGUAUAAAAUGUAGUCAUCAAUUCUUGUAUUUUUUGUAGCAUUAUAUUUUUGUUUUAACUCAGAAGUAAAAUUUAUUUGCUAUCCAGUUACUCAAUUGUCUAGCUAGCUAAUCAGUUUGCAAUUAAAAUUACAAAAUAAAAAUAUAUUAUGUUAGGUUGAUGCAUACCUUUGCUUACUUUACUUUGUUCAUAAUUUUAAAUAUUCUUCUCAAGUAUUCCAUUUUCCUUAUAAAACCAAUUCUCUUUUUGUUAUGAUUAAGAAAGUAACUAACAAUUUUCUGUUUUUGUGACAAAGCUUGUGAUUUAGCGAAUUAUUCCUGCUACAGAAAAGGUAAUAUCAUAAAAUAGGAACCUUUCUUUCACUUUAUUCAGCAGAUAAUAUUUGAAGUAACUGAUAGCGAUGAAAAAGAUAAAUGUUGAAGCGUUAUAUGAGUUUUGCAUA